GGACCCUGGCGGCAAGAUCGGUGGAUCGAUCCAGUCACGUGCGACCCUGGCAGAAAGCUGCGGCCAAUCAGCACGCGGGGGGGUCACAGAGAGUGUGGGAGGGCAGCUCGAGCGGGCAGCUUGAGCAUGCUGUUUGAGCGAAUGCCGGUGGUUUCAUGGCGAUUCGACAUUCGCAGGACAUGGCAUUGAUGCUCGGGGACGUCAAGGUCAAGGAUCGUCUCUGGUCGAGCAGGACAGGGCUGAUGGGCCGUGCAUCUGGCGGCCAGGCGACGAGACAGCAAUGAUCUGUGCGGGCCUGCCGCCCAGAGCCCAUGGCCGCCACCAAGGCCAAGAGGAAAUGCGAUUUGGUCUGCAUGGAUCCAUCGUGCCAGGCGGAUUGCUCGGUCCAGGAGAACCGUGGCCCUGAGGGGGAGACCAGGAUCUGCACGCACAGCGCUCGUGCUCCCGUCGAUGGGCAGUGCACAUGCAAGCCAUGGGCCAGGCAGAUUGCUCGCAUUGAAAAGCACUCCUCGCCGCCCCUGCCUGUUCCCCUAUCUUUCGUCUCUGUCUUGGUCUUUGUCUUUCCUGCCCUCCUGGCUCGACUCGAAAACAUGGCUUCCGCCGAGCAUACCUGCAUCUUUUGCAAAAUCGCCAACAAGCAGCCCACCAACGCCAAGGGCGAUGUCACAGAGCUCCUCUACGAGGACGACGAGGUUGUUGCCUUCCGCGACAUCCAUCCGCUCGCCACCCGUCACAUCCUGGUGAUUCCCAAGCAACACAUUGCCAACAUCUACAGCCUGGACGGCGAGUCGAUCCCGCUGGUUGACAAAAUGUCCCAGGCCGCCCACACCGUGCUGGAGCAGCUCGGCGUCAGCCCCGAGGACCGCCAGCUUGGCUUCCAUGUGCCGCCCUUCAACAUGAUGGCGCAUCUGCAUAUGCACACCCUCGGCAAGCCCUUCCUUGGCUGGCUCGGCCCGUGGGCCUUCCCCGAUGCUCCCAACGGAUCGUGGUGGUAUCUGGGUGCAGAGCGCCUCACCCGUGCGCUACAGAAGGGCAAAGACAAUGCCACCGCAGGCACCUGGAACUGGAACUGGCUGUGAGCAAGCCGGCUGUUGGAUCUUUGGCCAUGGCCCUCUCAUCCCUUUCCGUCUGCUGUCGGUCGUAUGCUUUCCCCUGGGCUAUUUGCCAUACCUGUUUCGUGCCUUCGGGCGUUUUGCCGACCCGGGCUCAUCUUGAACACGAACGUUAUGCUGGGCAUCUCUGGUGCUCGAGCAGUCCUUUCUAUGGCUGAUUUUGUGAGGCCCUGUAUGCGACCCAGCCGGCUUCUGAUGCUUGCUGAGAGGCAGUCCAAU